AUGGAACAAGCAAUAUCGGUUUCCAAAAAUGACUUCAGAUCGUCAAUAAACGAGAACUAUCAAAGUGGGACUGUACCCAUGAAUGACAACUAUCGAAAUAGUAGGGCAGAUAUUGAGAAGGAAUCGGCUGCUUUUAUUCGCAUUUUUGGUGAAAAGCUAUUUCACUAUCCUUCUCUUUACACAGCGUUUGUGGAGAUAGUGAAAGCUUUGGACGAACAAAUUAUUGAUUUUCCCGGGUUUAUUGAACGAGUGCACGUUCUCUUGAACGACUUCCCAGAAUUGCUACUUGAACUUAAUACUCUCCUUCCUUCUUCCUAUCAAUUUCUACCGUCGAACGGAGGAAUCAACGGAUUGCAAUUUACUACUCCAACUGGUACCGUAUCACGACCUUACUCCUAUGCCGCUAGCUAUGCAGACGUUCCCAGUUGCUACCACCGAGCUAUUAGUUGCGUUGCAAAAGUAAAAAGGGCAUUAAAAAACAACGAUGCAUCCUUUCAGCAAUUUCAGCUGAUUCUUCAACAAUUUUCGAGUUCUGAAAUUAGUGCGGAGGAGCUUCAAAGUAAAGUAGCCUCUUUACUCAGCGAUUUUCCUACGUUACUUCAGCAGUUUCAACAAUUUUUACCAAACUCGGUAUUUUACAGUUCAACACCUCCGUUGGGGUCAUAUCCGAUACGAACGGUUCAGAGCUCCAACUUUCGACUUAGUAACCUUUCUGAUUUCAAUACUCCACCAUCCUCCGUUCAUGAUACUAUAGCCACAGCUUUUCCGUCUGUUUCCCAAGCUGAUGCUAUAGGGUUUUUCAAACAAGUACAACACCAACUACCGAGUCUCGAUAUAUAUCAUGAAUUUUUAAAACUAAUCAAUCUUUAUGUCCAAAAUAUUAUUUCUCGGGAUACAUUGUUGGCCAGAAGUUUUGCCUUUUUACGAUCCAUUCCUGACUUAUGGAAGAGCUUUCAACUGAUUCUGCAUUUUAAUCCUCAAGAAUUUCCUAAUAUUUAUUAUACUGCCACGUCUGAUCACUCUGAUUAUGGUCCAAGUUAUCGUCUUCUUCCAUUGGAGGAACGUAUGAGCCCAUGUAGUGGUAGAGAUGAGUUAGCUUGGUCUAUUCUAAAUGAUGAAUGGGUCAGUCAUCCCACUUGGGCUUCCGAAGAAAGUGGUUUCAUUGUCCAACGAAAAACUCCUUAUGAGGAUGCCAUGACAAAACUGGAAGAAGAGCGUUAUGAGUUUGAUCGACAUAUCGAGGCUAUUAACUGGACUAUUAAAACCUUAGACAAUCUAGCGGUCCGUUUGGAAGAGAUGUCAGAAGAAGAACAAAAAGGUUAUCAACUACCACCUGGCUUAGGCUUGCGGUCGAAAAGUAUUUACGAGAAAACAAUCAAGCUAGUAUAUACCGCUGAUCAUUACAAGAUUAUACUGAAUGCUUUAGAAACUAUGCCUUCGGCUACUCUUCCUAUAGUUCUAAAACGAUUGAUUGAAAAAAGAGAAGAAUGGCGAUCAGCGAAAGAAUCUUUACAGCCUACUUGGAGAAAUACAGAAUUUAAAAAUUAUGAUAAAAGUUUGGAUCCUCAAUGCAUAUACUUUAAGGCUAAGGAUAAAAAAAUAGUUACUCCUAAGCUUUUGCUCGCCGAAGCAGAGACCAUACAUGGCCAAACAUCUAUGCAAUUCCCAUUUUUUAGUGAGACUUCUUUUGACUUUUCAACCAUUUACGAUAAUGAGAAUGUUCUUUUCGACGUGUGCUACAUAGUAUGUACCUUUGUGGUAUGUAAUUCCCCUUCCGGUCUCAAAAAAGUCGAAAACUUUUUUAAAAAUACUCUUCCUCUAUUUUUUGGAAUUGAUAAACAAAAAUUAGCGAAGUUCUUAGAUCCUGUUUUCCAUGGCCCCAAUUAUGAUUCUUCCGCUGAAAGUAUGUAUGGAAACAAAAUCAUACGCAGAAAACGAUCAAAUUCGAUUACCCAAUUGACUGAGCUUUCAAAACAUCAAAAAAUAAGCGAGCAGCGACAAAGUCGUUCAGCAGCUGCUGCCAGAAAAAAAGGGGACGUUAUUAAUAACGCUGUGAAUUCCGACGAUACUCCUUCUGAUAACGGUAGUCCAGCUUCAAAUUCAAAGCAGCAGUUAUCUCGUCCUGCUGCAGCAAUUGUGGCAAGUUUGAAGUAUCCUAGUCAUCCUGAAAAUUGUUUGUUGGACGAAAGUAAUCGGGAGAAAGCUGUCCCGAACAACCAAACAACUUUUGAUGAGAAGUUUCCGUUUAUGAAAACCGAUGAAGUCAAUCAGGUUGAGCAAUACGGCUAUUCUGCAAUUUAUGUCUUUUUCCGUCUAUUCAAUAUGCUAUAUGACCGGUUAUUACAACUGAAGAAUCUGGAAAACUGCGUAGAGGAUGCUCAGAGACAAAUAAAACCAAAUCCUGUGGCUCAAGAGCACAAGCUAUGGAGAAGCAGAGAAAGCGAAUUACCUGAGCUCCCGGAGGAAGAUACAUACUACAAUAAAACAUUCGUCAUGUCAUUACGACUCAUAUACGGUGUCCUGGAUCAGAAUCAGUUUGAAGAUUACAUGCGUUUUUAUUAUGGUAACAAAGCCUAUGAACUGUACACGGUUGACAAAUUGGUAUGGUCAGUAGCUAAACAAGUACACCACAUUGUGUCUGAUGGAAAAUUCAAACACGUGCUGGGUGUCAUUGAAGAAUAUAAUAGCCGGUCUACGCCAAAACGGUCCUAUGAUGAGUUUUUAUAUCGCAUGAAUUUGGAGCGGUAUCUAAAUUCUGAUGAAAUGUUGUUUCGGUUUGCGUGGAAUUUUGACGCAAAGCGAUUUUCUAUUAAUUUGUUGCGACGUGCUAAUGUUACUUUGGAUGAGACGUUAGAAAGCCAACGGCAAGGAUGGAAGAAGUAUUUGGAAGAUUACAUCGCUCAAAAGGGAACCGACUGCGUUUCCUAUAAAAAUUACCGGUGUCCUUUCUUAUGUAGAACGAUUCCUUUUGAAGGAACAUCUGGAAUGGCCCGAAUGUCAUUACAGACAAGACUGAUGAGUUCGCUUUGCUUUCUAUCUGAUUUAAAAGCUAGACUGUGUAUUAAUUCAUUUAAGCUACUAUAUGUUCCUUGUACUCAAGACGCUUACUUAAGCCGUGACUACUUGCUAUUGAAUAAUCCCGAGUCGCUUGGUAUACAGUCUGCUCGUUCUUCUCGGUGGAAGGCACGUUUAGACACCCUACAUACCAAGUUGUUUGAUGGGCAACUUAAUAAUGUUUCGUUUGAAUCUCUAUUUAUAUAG